CAGAGUCUAUUUGCAGUUUUGCUAAAGGCUGUCUGCCUUAGGGGGCAUAUCACAAGGACUGAUUGCUAGAGUCUUUCUGCACAAUACAAAUUGAUUGAGAAUAGAAAACAUAAAAAAAGACUUUGGAUAUCUUAUUUGCAACUUCAUCUCUUAACAGACUGAACAAUGGCUGAGAGUGGACCUCAGGUAGAUCCCAGAGAAGAGUCUGCUGUAGACGAAUUCAGUGACAUCAUCAAAAACAGAUCUGAUGAAAGAGAAGAUGUUCAGAGGAAGACUUUCACAAAAUGGAUAAAUGCUCAGUUUGCAAAGUUUGGGAAACAUCCAAUUGAAGAUCUGUUCGCUGACCUUCAAGAUGGAAGAAGACUUCUGGAUCUUCUUGAAGGUCUUACGGGACAAAAGCUGGUAAAAGAAAAAGGCUCCACAAGGGUUCACGCUCUAAACAAUGUCAACAAAGCACUGCAAAUCUUGCAAAAAAAUAAUGUUGAUUUGGUAAAUAUUGGCAGCUCUGACAUAGUGGAUGGGAAUCACAAGCUAACCCUUGGCUUAAUCUGGAGCAUAAUACUACAUUGGCAGGUGAAGAAUGUAAUGAAAGAAAUUAUGGCCAACUUGCAACAAACUAACAGUGAAAAAAUCUUACUUAGCUGGGUCCGCCAAUCAACUCGCAAUUACCCACAAGUCAACGUUAUCAAUUUCACCAGCAGUUGGUCUGAUGGAUUGGCUUUUAAUGCACUUAUCCACAGUCACAGACCAGAUUUAUUUGAGUGGAACAGCGUACUUUGCCAAGAAUCUGCAUUACAAAGGCUGGAUCAUGCAUUUAACACUGCCCAGCAACACCUGGGAAUUGCAAAUCUCCUUGAUCCUGAUGAUAUUGCAACUGCCCAUCCUGACAAGAAAUCCAUCUUAAUGUAUGUUACAUCACUCUUUCAAGUUCUGCCACAAAAAGUUUCCAUUGAAUCCCUUCGAGAAGUGGACACAUUACCUCGCCACAUGGUCACUCAAGAGCAAGUCAAACCUUAUGAUCAUCAGCAUUUCACCCAGCAAAUUACUGUCAAUGUAGCACAGGGAAGUGUGCACAGCCCUUCACCUCCUCCUUCUAAACCUCGCUUCAAAAGCUAUGCCUACACACAAGCUGCUUAUGUCAUGUACCCUGACCAAAAAAGGAGGCCAUUCCCUCCACAGCACAUCGAAGGCUUUGAUGACAGAACAAUUGGCUCUUUACUCAUGGAACCAGAAGUGGAUUUAGAAUGUUACCAAUCUUCACUGGAAGAAGUAUUAUCCUGGCUCCUCUCUGCUGAGGAUGUUUUACAAAGUCAUGGGGUCAUUUCUGGUGACGUUGAAAAAGUGAAAGAACAGUUUCACACUCAUGAGAACUUUAUGAUGGAAUUAACAUCUCAUCAGGGAAAUGUUGGUAAUGUUUUGCAAGCUGGAAGUCGAUUGUUGAAUUCUGGGAAGCUUUCAGAUGAUGAAGAAAAUGAAAUUCAAGAACAGUUGAAUCUUCUUAAUUCCAGAUGGGAAAGUCUACGAUUGGCAAGCAUGGAUAGACAAAGCAAUUUGCAUAAAGCGCUAAUGGACCUCCAAAAUCAGCAGUUACAGCAGUUAAGCGAUUGGCUCUUACAAACAGAAAAACGCACAAAGAAAAUGGAUUCUGAACUUCUAGGCCCUGAUUUUGAAGAUCUGAAACGUCAACUUGAAGAGCAUAAGACCUUGCAAGACGACCUGGAGCAAGAGCAAAUUCGAGUCAAUUCUCUGACCCAUAUGGUAGUUGUUGUGGAUGAAAGUAGUGGAGAUAAAGUUACAGCUGCAUUAGAAGAUCAGCUGCAGCACCUGGGUGACCGCUGGGCUGCCAUAUGCAGAUGGACUGAGGAUAGAUGGACGCUUCUGCAGGAUGUUCUUCUGAAGUGGCAGCAUUUUGCUGAGGAACAGUGCAUAUUUGAUGCCUGGCUUACGGAAAAAGAAGAAACAGUUAGCAGCAUACAAACUACAGGUUUUGCAGAUCAGAAUGAAAUGCUUACCAACCUAAGAAAGUUAGCGCUUCUUAAAGGAGAGCUAGAAUUAAAAAAGAAGACGUUGGAUUCCUUUCACUCCCUAAGCCAGGACCUCCUUUCUGCCGUAAAAAAUAAGGCUGUUUCUCAGAAAAAUGAGGCAAGACUAGAAAACUUUACUCAGAGAUUGGAUCAUCUUAUGCAGAAGCUGGAGAACAGUUCCAAACAGAUUUCACAGGCUGUCACCACCACUCAGACAUCACUAACACAGAGAACGGUAAUGGAAAGUGUAACUAUGGUGACCACCAGAGAGCAAAUCCUUGUUAAGCAUGCUAAGGACGAACUCCCUCCUCCUCCCCCUCAGAAGAAGAGACAGAUCCUUGUGGAUACAGAACUUAGAAAAAGAUUUGAUGUGGAUUUAACAGAACUUCAUAGCUGGAUGACACGAUCUGAAGCACUUCUGCAAAGCUCUGAAUUUGCAAUCUUCAGAAAAGAAGGAGACUUCACUGACCUCACAAAGAAAGUUAAAGCCAUAGAGAGAGAAAAGCCAGAAAAGAAUAGAAAGUUGCAAGAUGCCAACAGAAAUGCACAAGCACUGGAGGAGCAGAUGCUGAAUGAUGGUUUGAAUGUAGACAAUAUCAAGCAGGCCUCCCAACAUCUGAACAGUCGUUGGACUGACUUAUGUCAGCUACUGAGUGAAAGACUUUCAUGGCUGGAUUAUCAGAACAGCAUUGUUGCUUUUUACUCCAAAUUACAUCACUUGGAACAAGCAGUGAUUUCUGCAGAGAACUGGCUAAAAGCACAAAGUACAUCAGUUGCAAAGGCAGACACAGUCAAAAUACACUUAGAGAAGUGCAAGGGUGAAGUUGCCCGUCUGUCUGCGCUCAAACCUGAAAUUGGAUCCUUACAAGUUCAGGGACGAGCACUGCAAGAAAAGGAACACAGUCCAAUGUUUUUAGAAGCAGAUGUAGCAGCUUUUCUUAACCAUUAUAAUCAAGUUCUUUCCAACUUACAAUCACGAGAAACACAGCUUCAGAACAUUCUAGACAGUUUACCUCCAACACAGUACAAGGAGAAAAUGAGCACUAUCCUUCUGUGGAUCCAGCAGUCUGAAACCAAACUUGCUAUACCUCAGGUCACUGUCACUGAUUGUGAUAUCAUGGAACACAGACUCAGGGAGCUAAAGGCCUUACAAAGUUCCCUGCUGGAGCAUCAGGCUGACAUGAAUUAUCUCAGUAAAACUGCAAAAGAUUUAUCCAGCAAAGCGCCUGCUGAUGUCAAACAGAAAUAUCUGUCGGAAAUUGACCAAGCUGAAAGCCGCUGGAAGACAUUAUCAAAUCAGCUAGUGGGACAAUCACAAAAACUUGAAGAGCUACUUAGUAAACAUAAACAGUUCCAGAAUGAUAUUAAAACCCUAAAAAAAUGGAUGGCCGAAGUCAAUGUUUUCAUUAAUGAAGAAUGGCCGGCACUUGGAGAUGCUGAAGCUCUUGAGAAACAGCUAGAACAGUGUAAUGCUUUGGUAAAUGAUAUCAAGACGAUACAGCCAAGUUUGAACAGUAUUAAUGAUGUGGGACAAAAUCUGAUGACUAAAGCAGAACCACUCUAUUCCACAAAGCUAGAAAUGGACCUGAAAAAUCUAAAUGAACAAUGGGAUCACAUAUGCAAACAGGCCUACGUGAAACAAGAAGCUCUAAAACGUGGCUUAGAUAAGACAGUGAGUAUACGAAAAGAUUUGUCAGAGAUGCAAGAAUGGAUUCAACAAGCUGAGGAAGAGUAUUUGGAAAGAGAUUUUGAAUACAAAACACCAGACGAAUUGCAAAAAGCACUUGAAGAGCUCAAGAGGGCAAGAGAAGAAGCGGCACAGAAGAAAGAUAAAGUUAAUCUACUGACAGACUCUGUGAACAACUUUAUAGCAAGAGCUCCCCCUACAGCCCAUGAAGCCUUAAAGAAAGAACUUGCUGUUCUAGUCACCAAUUAUGAGAGACUUUGCAGCAGAUUGACUGGAAAGUGUGAAACACUUGAGGAGGUUUGGUCGUGUUGGCAUGAACUAUUAUCAUAUUUAGAAGCUGAAAACCAAUGGCUUGAUGAUGUUGAGAGAAAGUUGAAAGCAACAGAGAAUAUCAAAGGAGGACCAGACGAGAUCACAGAAACUCUAAGUUCCAUUGGAAAAAUUAUGAAACAUCCGGAAGACAAUCGGAACCAGAUUAAGGAAUUGGCUCAGACACUGACCGAUGGAAGAGUGCUGGAUGAACUGAUUAAUGAGAAAUUGGAGACUUUCAAUACACGUUGGGAAGAAGUACAACAAGAGGCUGUGAGGAGACAAAAGGUUCUUGAACAAAGUAUUCAGUCUGCCCAGGAGACUGACAAAGCUAUCCGCUUAAUUCAAGAGUCCCUCAGCACCACAGACAGACAGUUAACUGCCUACAUCGCAGACAGAGUUGAUGCCGCUCAGGUUCCCCAGGAAGCACAGAAAAUACAGAGUGAUUUAAUGAGCCACGAGAUAAGCUUAGAGGAAAUGAAAAAAAGGAACCUGGAAAAGGAAAUGCCUAAAAAGGUGCUAACACAGAUUGACAUAGCCCAGAAAAAACUGCAGGAAGUAUCUACAAAGUUUCGAUUGUUCCAGAAACCGGCCAAUUUUGAGCAACGUCUCUUAGAAUCUAAGAGAAUUCUAGAUGAGGUAAAAGUUGACUUGCCUGUUUUAGAGAUGAAGAAUUUUGAACAGGAAUUGGUUCAAACACAGCUUGAUCAUUGUAUGAAAAUGUAUAAAAUUUUGAGUGAAGUGAAAUCAGAAGUAGAAACAGUGAUAAAAACUGGUCGCCAGAUUGUUCAGAAACAGCAAACCGAGAAUCCCAAAGACCUGGAUGAAAGACUUACUGCAUUAAAGGUUGAAUACAAUGAACUUGGAGCAAAGGUAACAGAAGGAAAGCAAACCUUGGAGAAAUGUUUAAAACUUUCUCGGAAACUAAGAAAAGAAAUGAAUAACUUGACAGAAUGGUUAGCUACGAUAGAUGCAGAAGUUACAAAGCGAUCAGCAGAGGAGGGUAUACCUAUUAAUCUGGAUGAAGAGAUUGCUUGGAGCAAAGCUACACAAAAAGAGACUGAGAAAAGACAGCACCAAUUAAAAAACAUCAGAGACAUAGGAGAUUCCCUUGGAGCAAUCCUUGGUGAAAAUGGGAGUCUUGUAGAUGACAAGGUUAGCCUUCUUAAUAGCAACUGGGUAGCUGUGAUAUCAAGAGCAGAAGAGUGGCUCCACCUGUUGUUGGAAUAUCAAAAACAAAUGGAAAUUUUUGACCAAGGUGUUGCUAACACCACAGCUUGGAUGUACCGUGCUGAAAUACUGUUAGAUGAAGCAGAAAAGCAGAAGGUUCAGCAGAGGGAAGACACUUUUAAGCACUUAAAAGCUGAGCUGAAUGAUAUGCAGCCAAAGAUGGAUUCUGUACGUGAACAAGCUGUUGAGCUGAUGACAAGCCGCGGUGAGCACUGCAGAAAAAUGAUCCAACCUAAGCUCUCUGAACUUGAUCAACGAUUCUUAGACAUAUCCCAAAGAAUUAAAAGUGGAAAGACGGUGGUGGCUUCAAAGGAACUGGAGCAAUUUCACUCUGAUAUACAGAAAUUGCUUGAACCACUGGAGGCUGAAAUUCAGCUGGGAGUGAAUCUUAUAGAAGAAGACUUCAAUAAAGAUAUGAGCGAAGAUAAUGAGGGGCCAGUGAAGGAAUUGCUGCAAAGAGGAAAUAGUCUUCAACUAAAAAUCAUCGAUGAUAAAAAGCGAGAAGAAAUUAAAUUAAAACAACAGCUGUUGCAGUCAAAACAUAAUACUCUCAAGGUUUUGAGAUCACAAAGAAGAAAUAAGGCUUCCGAGAUCUCCCAUCAGUGGUACCAAUACAAGAGGCAGUCAGAUGACCUAUUGAAAUGUCUCAAUGAUAUUGAGAAAAAAAUAGCCAGUCUUCCAGAUCCCAAAGAUGAACAGAAACUAAAGGAGAUUGAUGAAGAUUUGGAGAAGAAGAAAGAAGAACUGAAUGCAGUACACAGGCAAGCUGAAAGUUUGUCUAAGGAAGGGGCAGCCAAAGCAGUAGAGCCAACUCUGAUCCAGCUCAACAAACGCUGGCGAGAAAUUGAGAGCAAAUUUGCUCCGUUCAGAAGACUGCACUAUGCACAAAUUCAAACUAUUCGUGAAGAAAGCACCAGAUCAAUGCCUGAAGAAAUAAAAGUGAAAACCCCCUAUGUGCCUUCAACAUACUUAGUGGAGAUUGCUCGCCUAUUGCAAUCUAUAGCCGAGGUGGAACUUCUUCUCAGGUCUCCGUGUCUUAAUAGGAAGGACUGUGAAGAAUUGGCCAAACAAGAGGAGUGUCUCAAGAAUGCAGCAGAAAGCCUGGGGAGGCUAUCAAGUCAGAUUGAGAUCACAGAAAGCAAGAAGAAAGCAGUCUUGCAAUGUGCUACAGCAAGGGAAAAUGAAAAGAUUCAAGAAAAGCUAUCUGAGCUUAACUUUCAAUGGGAAAAGGUUAGCAAGUUGUUUCAAGAAAGAAAGAUACGGUAUGACAGAUCUGUGGAAAAGUGGAUGAAUUUGCAAGAAGAUGUGAAUAACUUCAAUCAGUGGCUCAGUGGAGCAGAGCACAUUCUAGCGGAGAUACAAAGCGAUGGAAGAGAUGUAGAAAAGGACAAAUACCGGCAGCAGAUGAAGGAACUUGAAGAUGGCACAGAGCACCAGCAAGCUGUUGUACAUUCACUGAAUGUAUCAGGAGGAGAGAUUAUCGAGCAGUCCUCAUCUGCUGAUGCUUCUCAUAUUAAGGAUAAUUUGGAUAACUUGAAUUCUCGCUGGCAUAUUGUCAACAGAAAGCUAAAUGAAAGAAGAAGGAGGUUAGAGGAAGAAAAGAAAAAGUUAUAUGGAUUGCAAGAAGACCUGAAUAAAUUCAGCAUUUGGUUAGAUGAUGCGGAGGAGGUUGCUAAUGCACCUCCAGAGCCUGGAAAUGAGCAGCAAUUAAAUGACUUACUGGAAGAAGUAAAGUUUAGGGUGAAUGAACUUCUACCACGUAAAGAGAUCUUGAAGCAGUUGAAUGAAACUGGUGGAACUGCCUUAGGAAGCUCAACAGUAGCCCCAGAAGAAAAGCGUAAAAUUGAAAGUGGCCUCAAAGAGGCAAACCAGCGCUGGAUAAAGGUUUCUAAGGAUCUCCAUGAUAAAGAGAAAGACAUUGUAGAUCAGUUGAAGAAUGUAUCCUUGUUUGAGCUCCAGUUAAAUCAGUUGACAUUGUGGGUAUCUUCAGUAAAAGACCAACUUCAAUUCUAUAAUCAAGUAGGAAGACCAGCAGUGCUUGACAUCAAGGAAACAGAGGAAACUAUAGAAGCCAAACAACCACAUGUGGAAGGGAUUUUAACUAAGGGACAUCAACUGUAUGCCCAGCAAUCAGCAGCACACCCAACAAAGAAAAAGUUAGAAGAUUUAAACACUGAGUGGAAUACGGUAAAUCUGUUACUCAGAGAGUUGAAAAGAAAACCUGCAGUAGCAACACCUGGUGUUGGCCAAACUGUCUCUGUAGUAACUCAAACUCUAGUAACAAAGGGAGCUACUGUACCUGAAGCAGAUAUGCCAUCUUCACUUCUUCUGGAAGUGCCAGCACUGGCAGACUUCAACAAGAUGUGUGCUGAUUUAACAGACUGGCUAACCUUGCUUGAUCGCGUGAUAAAGGCUCAGAUUGUGACAGUAGGAGAUGUAGAUGAAAUCAAUGAUAUGAUCAUUAAACAAAAGGUAACACUGCAGGAUUUAGAGCAAAGGAGACCCCAUCUAGAAGAGCUUGUAACAGCAGCGCAGAAUCUGAAAAACAAGACAAGCAAUCCAGAGGCCAGGGCCGUAAUUACAGACCGCAUUGACAAAAUACAAAGUCAUUGGGAGGAGGUGCAAUGUCGUCUACAGAACAGAAGACAGCAGCUACAAGAAAUGCUAAAGGACUCCAACCAGUGGUUAGAAGCUCGGCAUGAGGCAGACCAAGUUUUAGAGAAAGCAAAAGGAAGGAUUGAGUCCUGGAAGGAGAUAUCUUACACCGUGGAAGCACUGAAAAAGCAGAAUGCAGAUCUUAAGCAAUUUUCCAAGGAAUUACGUCAGUGGCAGAUAAAUGUGGAUGUGGCAAAUGACUUGGCCCUUAAGCUCCUUCGUGACUAUUCGGCAGAUGACACCAGAAAAGUGGAAAUGAUGAGAGAUAAUAUUAAUACUUCCUGGACAAGAAUAAAUAAGAGGGUCAGUGAUCGCGAUGCUGCGCUGGAAGCAGCACUUCGACUACUGCAGCAGUUCUACCUGGACUUAGAAAAGUUCCUUGCCUGGAUGACAGAAGCUGAAACAACGGCCAACGUUCUUCAGGAUGCUACCCAUAAAGACGGAGUGUUAGAGGAUGCACGAGGCCUUAGAGAACUGAUGAACCAGUGGCAGGAAUUACAAGCAGAAAUUGAUGGUCACACAGAAGUGUUUCACUCAUUGGAUGAAAAUGGGCAGAAAAUGCUCAGAUCUCUGGAAGGAUCUGAAGAUGGUUCCUUGUUACAAAGACGACUUGAUAACAUGAAUAUCAGAUGGAAUGAGCUCAGGAAAAAGUCCCUUAACAUCAGGUCUCAUUUAGAAGCCAGCAAAGAACACUGGAAACGAUUCCAUAUCUCUCUGCAGGAACUUCUUGCAUGGCUGCAGCUAAAAAGUGAAGAACUAAAACAACAGGCACCUGUUGGCGGUGAUGUCUCCAAAGUGCAAAAACAAAAUGAGACACAUCGGGCUUUCAAGAGGGAGCUAAAAGCAAAAGAACCUGUUAUUAUGAGUGCACUUGAUACUGUGAAAAUAUUCUUAGCCAAUCAGCCUUUUGAGGGUCUGGAGAAGCUGUACCAGGAGCCACAAGAACCACACACAGAGGAACAGACUAAAAAUGUUAGCAGGAUUCUGCAAAAACAAGUGGACGAGGUAAAAACAGAGUGGGACAAGUUGAACCAACACUCUACAGAAUGGCAGAACAAAUUAGAUGAAGCACUUGAAAGACUUCAGGAGCUCCAGGAAGCAAUGGAUGAACUAGAUCAUAAACUGCAUCAAGCAGAAAUCAUGAAGGGCUCCUGGCAACCAGUAGGAGAUUUGUUAAUUGAUUCUCUUCAAGAUCACAUAGGAAAAGUCAAGACUUUCCGAGAAGAAAUAGCCCCAAUAAAAAAGAAUGUGAACCAAGUCAACGAUCUUGCACACCAGCUCUCACCUGACAUACAGCUGUCUACUUAUAAUUACAGUCGUUUAGAGGAUUUGAAUAGAAGAUGGAAACUCCUACAGGUUUCUAUUGAUGAACGCAUCAGGCAGUUGCAUGAAGCCCACAGGGAUUUUGGCCCCACAUCCCAGCAUUUUCUUUCCACUUCUGUCCAGGGUCCCUGGGAGAGGGCAAUCUCACCAAAUAAAGUGCCCUACUACAUCAAUCAUGAUACCCAAACAACAUGCUGGGACCAUCCCAAAAUGACAGAGCUCUACCAAUCUUUAGCUGAUUUGAACAACGUUAGAUUUUCAGCUUACAGAACUGCCAUGAAGCUGCGGAGACUGCAGAAGGCCUUGUGCUUGGAUUUGCUGGGCCUGACAUCUGCCUGUGAAGCCUUGGACCAGCACAACCUCAAGCAGAAUGAUCAGCUUAUGGACAUCCUGCAGAUUAUUAAUUGCUUAACCACAAUUUAUGAUCGACUGGAGCAAGAGCACAACAACUUGGUGAACGUCCCUCUCUGCGUUGACAUGUGCCUCAACUGGCUGCUGAAUGUUUAUGACACGGGUCGAACAGGAAGGAUUCGAGUACUGUCCUUUAAAACUGGAGUUAUUUCCCUGUGUAAAGCACAUUUGGAAGAUAAGUACAGAUACCUUUUCAAACAGGUAGCAAGCUCUGCUGGUUUCUGUGAUCAGAGAAGGCUGGGCCUUCUUCUACACGAUGCCAUUCAGAUCCCACGGCAGCUUGGUGAGGUGGCCUCUUUUGGUGGCAGUAAUAUAGAACCCAGUGUACGGAGCUGCUUUCAGUAUGCUAACAAUAAGCCAGAAAUUGAAGCUGCUCUAUUUCUGGACUGGAUGAGGUUGGAACCACAGUCAAUGGUUUGGCUACCGGUGCUUCAUAGAGUAGCUGCUGCAGAGACUGCCAAACACCAAGCCAAGUGUAACAUCUGCAAGGAGUGUCCAAUUAUUGGUUUCCGAUACAGGAGUUUAAAGCACUUUAACUAUGACAUCUGCCAAAGCUGCUUCUUUUCUGGCCGCGUUGCUAAAGGCCACAAAAUGCACUAUCCAAUGGUGGAAUAUUGUACUCCUACUACAUCUGGAGAAGAUGUUCGUGACUUUGCCAAGGUCUUGAAGAACAAAUUCAGGACAAAAAGAUAUUUUGCUAAACAUCCAAGGAUGGGCUACUUACCUGUUCAAACUGUUCUUGAAGGAGACAACAUGGAAACUCCUGUUACACUGAUCAACUUCUGGCCAGUAGAUUCUGCCCCUGCCUCAUCACCUCAGCUUUCACACGAUGAUACUCACUCACGAAUUGAACAUUAUGCUAGCAGGCUAGCAGAAAUGGAAAACACCAAUGGAUCCUACCUAAAUGAUAGCAUCUCUCCUAACGAAAGCAUAGAUGAUGAACAUUUGUUAAUCCAGCACUACUGCCAAAGCUUAAACCAGGAGUCACCCCUGAGCCAGCCCCGUAGCCCUGCCCAGAUUCUGAUCUCUUUGGAGAGCGAAGAGCGAGGGGAGCUUGAGAGGAUCCUUGCCGACUUAGAGGAAGAAAACAGGAAUUUGCAGUCAGAAUAUGAUCGACUGAAGGAACAGCAUGACCACAAGGGAUUGUCUCCCUUGCCAUCCCCUCCUGAAAUGAUGCCGGCCUCCCCGCAGAGUCCACGGGAUGCUGAGCUCAUUGCAGAAGCCAAGUUACUGCGCCAGCACAAGGGACGCCUGGAAGCCAGGAUGCAAAUUUUGGAGGAUCACAACAAACAACUGGAGUCCCAGCUGCACAGAUUGAGACAACUCCUAGAGCAGCCGCAAGCGGAGGCAAAGGUCAAUGGUACUACAUUUUCUUCCCCUACUUCCUCACUACAGAGAUCAGAGAGCAGUCAGCCAAUGUUGCUUCGUGUAGUUGGCAGUCAGACAACUGAUACUAUGGGUGAGGAUGAUCUUUUAAGUCCUCCUCAUGAUACAAGCACAGGACUAGAAGAAGUAAUGGAACAGCUUAAUAAUUCUUUUCCAACAGCACGAGGAAACAAUGUAGGCAACCUUUUUCACAUGGCUGAUGACUUGGGGAGAGCGAUGGAAACCUUAGUAACCGUUAUGACUGAUGAUGAUGUGUUAGAAUAACGAUUUCAAACACAACGCAUGUGUUUUUAUAUACUCUUCAUACAACAAAAAGGGGAUUAGACUGUAAGAGUUUACAAGAUAAAAAAAUCUAUAUUUUUGUGAAGGGUAGUGGUACUAUACUGUAGAUUUCAGUUUCUUAAGUCUGUUAUUGUUUUGGUAACAAUGGCAGGUUUUAAAUGUCUAUGCAAUUGUACAAAACUAAUAAGAAAACUACAUGUAAAAUCUUAAUAGGUUAAAAAGAAAAAAAAAACUUGCCAUUUCUUUUUCUGAAAGGCAAUUUUGGGUUGUUUAAAAAAUUUAUAUCAGUUAUAAAGACAGAUUGUAAACUAAAUUGUGCUUUAUAAAAUAACUUGUUUAUUAAAAAAAAAACAUUUGAGAAAAAAAACAAAAAACAAAGGCAGUGCAUUGACUUUAGAUCACAUUGGCUCUGUAACUGUAGAAUAAUAUUCAUGUUUAGUGUGUUCCGUUGUUACUUACCAGUGAGUACUCAUUUUAGCACCAACCAACCUACAGAUAAUUACAUCUACAAUUUUCAGCAUUUUUGGACUCCAUGCUUCAUAACAACAAGAUAGAAGAAAGAAUCCUGGAUCAUAUAAAUUUACAUUCAUCUGCAGUUCUACUUGAUUUGUGUUUUUUUAUGUAAAUUAUUGCUUUGCUCUAAAACAUUGUAUUUGUCUUGGUCCCACACAUCUCUCAUGUACUUCUUAACAAUGGAAAUACUAAAGAAAACUUUGAUUUUGGACUUGAAGGAAACUGCCAUUAGUACUGAAUACUGUACAAAAUACUAUUAGAUCCUGUCCUUUAGAUACAUUUUACAAAUGCUAAUUAUUCUAAGAAUAUGGUGUUAUAAUUUAUCCAGCUUUUUUUUUUUUUUUAAACAUAAUUUAAAAAAAAUAAUAAUUUAUACUGCUUUUGAAAAUGUAAGCAGAUAAGAGUCACUGUGGUCAAAUAUGCUGACACAUCGUUUUACCUAAAGGGACAUUUUAGAUUAAAAAUAAAAUGCUAUAUUUUGUUACUUAAAAAAAAAAGGAAAAUUAUUCAAAAUCACUCUGUUUAGUCCCUGUAUUUUGAAUUGUGUAUCCAGUCCUCUCACCUGCUCCUCUGAAGUGGCAAUGCAGUGUGUCCUUUCAAAGGCAUUUAACACUUAGUGUAGAAUGGGGUUUUGUUUAAAAAUAGAAGACACUAAAAAAUGGGGGGGUUUUUUAUUUUAUUUUUUUUUGUUUUGUUUACACUGUGCCACCUUGAUAAACCUUAUUCUAUUUCUCUUUGAUACCUGUUUUUGACAUUUAGAGUUAGACCCUAUCUACACAAUAUUGAACUGAGUUUUAUUGAUAUUAUUAUGCACAGAGGUAGCAGACCUAUGCUAUGGGUCACUCCCAUAUUGUUUUUUUCCCCAUAGUCCUUGUUGUUUUAUCUGUGUAUAUAUACAUCUGGUAUAAGUUUUAUCUCAAUUCAGUGCUACUGGCAUUGUCUUGGAUGAGCAUAAAAAACAAAGAGGAAGAAAAUGUCAAUAAAAUAAUACAUGCUAAAAUGUACAAAUGUUACUUUAGUGAUAAAAUAUGUAACGCACCAGUACUAGAGAAUUAGAGUUUUUACAUUUUUAUUCUAAUCUCAUAUAACCAAAUAGGACGUUUAAAUCCCAUAAUAUAUUAUCCUCCUCAUUUGAUUGUAGUAAUGAAUUACCAUUAACAAGUACAAAUAGAGAUUUCUUCCUAUUCAAGUUACAGAGCUCUCAAAGCCUCAAUGGUAAUACUUUUUUAAACCUUUUCUUGAAUUUAUAAAACCACUGGACCAAAAAUACAUUCAAUGCCUCAAUUGUUAACCUUGGUGAUUAAGGAAAUAUUGAAAUCAAAAAGGCAUUCAUUUUACAUAGCCUACUUCUUUUUUUUUCAAUAUUUCGCUUAUCACAAUAUUUGCAAACUUUAAUUUUAGUCUCAAAAUGUAUCAUUUUUGAGAAACACUAAACCUGAAAACAAAUAGUGGUUUCUCAAUAAAGCCAUUCAUUUUCUAGUACUGGUGCUUUAGCUAUUUAGCUCAAAACACUUUACAUGCAUUAGAUUCACCUGUAUUGUGCAUAGGUUUUAACAAUGAUAGUGAUAACCCUGAAGAAUGUGUCUUCUUCCAUUGCUAUUCAGAGCACAUUUUAAUGGCUUGAUCCACAUAAUUCAUAGAUGUUAAUUUCAAUAAAAUGAUUCUUGUGUUUAGCUUCUGUGCAGGCUAAAGUAAGGGGCCGUAUAUGAAGAGCAGCAUGCCUGCACACACUUUGUUGAUAUCUGUGAUCUUUGCUUGCAAUGUAAGCCUUUUACAGUGGGUAACACAUACAGAAGUGUGUAGUGCUCACUGUAGUGAGUCUGCCAGCAUGCUGUUCUUUAUGUGUUUAAGUGCUACUGCCUGUACAAAUGAGAUUUUUUGUUUUCACCUAUACUGUAUUUAUCCCAAGCUUGGUAUACUUUUAAGACUUGUAAACUAUGAACUGGACCCAAUUUUUAUGGAUCCAAAUACUGAAACUACUUCUCUUAGUACAUUAAACAAUUCAGUCCAAUAAA